GAUCGUCCCACUCCAGUUCUAUUUGAUCACUGUAACCGUUAACGUCUCCCGACAAUCGUAGUCGUAGAAAAAUGUCUCAGGAACGGAUUCUGCUCGCCUAUUCCGGUGGCCUGGACACCAGCUGCAUCCUCAAGUGGCUGCUGGAGAAGGGCCACGAGGUGAUCUGCUUCAUGGCGGACGUGGGCCAGGAAGAGGACUUUGGGGCGGCCCGCGAAAAGGCACUCCGGAUCGGGGCCACGGACGUGAUCGUCAAGGAUAUGAAGCAGCAGUUCGUGGAGCGGUUCGUGUGGCCAGCGCUCCAGAUGGGACUGAUCUACGAGGACCGGUACCUGUUGGGGACGUCGCUGGCAAGGCCGUGCAUUUCGAUCGGGCUGGUGGAAGCGGCGGCUCAGCGGGGGUGUACGAUCAUCUCGCACGGGGCUACCGGCAAGGGGAACGAUCAGAUUCGGUUCGAGCUGAGCUGCUAUGCGUUGAAUCCGACCAUUAAGGUGAUCGCGCCGUGGAGGUUGCCCGAGUUUUGCGAGCGGUUCCAGGGGCGGACGGAUCUGCUGGAGUAUGCGAAGAAGAAUAACAUUCCGGUCAGCGCCACCACCAAGGCGCCCUGGUCGAUGGACGCCAACAUCAUGCACAUCAGCUACGAGUCCGGCCUGCUGGAGGAUCCGGCCAUCGCCGCCCCCGAGGAACUGUACCAGAUGACGCAGUCGCCGCAGAAGAGCGCCGAAACUGCCACGACGGUGGAGAUCAUCUUCAAAGAUGGCGCCGCCGUUCGCGCCUCGGAGUUGAUUAGCGGCAAGACCAUGGAACGUCCGGUGGACAUUUUGACGUUUUUGAACAAGAUUGGUGGGGAGCACGGGGUUGGCCGGAUUGAUUUGGUCGAGAACCGGUUCUUGGGAUUGAAAUCUCGUGGAGUGUACGAGACUCCGGGCGCUACGAUUCUGCACGUGGCUCAUCGCGAUCUGGAGGUGUACUGCUUAGAUCGGGAGAUCUUCCGGGUGAAGUCGUUCCUCUCGUCCAAGAUGGCCGACUACGUGUACAACGGGUUCUGGUACUCGCCGGAAGCGGAGUACGUUCGGUCCUGCUUGGUCGCUUCCCAACGUAACGUUACCGGCAAGGUGGUGCUGGAGAUCUUCAAGGGACACGCGAUGGCCGUUUCUCGGGAGUCCAUCAAGAGCGUUUACAACCAGGAGCUGGCCUCGAUGGACGUGCACGGAUCGCUUUCUCCGUACGCCGCUACCGGGUUCAUCGAGGUGAACGCCAUGCGACUGAAGGAACAUCACCGAGUGUUUGGCAGUGCCAAUAUGAAGUAGUUCGGUGGAGAGCGUUUUCAUUAAAGUUGUUUAACGGUUCUGCAAAA